GAGCGAUCAACCACAUCACUAUAUCUUCCCAGCCAUUGAGCCUUCAGAACACGUCCAUCGACCGCUCCUUAGCUCGCAUCUGGGCUAGUCAUCACGAUGGGACUCUUUGACUACAUUUCGGAGAUGCUGAGCAUCGGCGAGGUCCACGCCGAAGCUCAACCAGAGAAGGAGGAAGAGAGAUCCGAGGAUGCAGAGGAGAAGUCUGAGGAUGGCGAUGAGGAAGAGGCCGGUGAGGAAGAGGAAGAAGAGGAGGAUGAAGAGCCUGUCGAUCCUAAGCCAGCACUUGAAGAGGAGUGUGCCGAGUCCAAGGAAUGCGCACCGUACAAGCACCACUACGACGAGUGCGUCGAGCGGGUGACCAAGAAGCAGGAGGAGAACGACGGCAAGUCCGACGAGGACUGCGUUGAAGAAUUUUUCCACCUCGCCCACUGCGCGACGAAUUGCGCCGCCCCCAAGCUGUUCAAGAUGCUCAAGUAGACGACGACGACGAUGACGACGCCACCGCCGCCCGCGUUCCAACGCCAACCCCAUCUGCCGCCUGUACAAACAUCUUCUCCGAUCCUCUUCCUCGAGAAAUCUGCUUAUGCAUCACAUGUGGCUGUCUUCAACCGUGUAGAUUAGGACAAACUACCUUUUUUUAGACGGAAGCGAACGGGACGAGAUGUUGUGACAAUGUAACUUUUCUCAGGCUCCCUCUCGUAGCAACGCUUUCAUGAGUCACUUUCUCCAACCACACAAUCUUUGUUUUCCUCACAUCUCCACUAAGUGAGCACCAUACUGGAUGGGUCCCGUGAUUGAUUCUUUGACUUCGCAGAAAACCAAAUGACCCCAAAGAAGAUUUGAAGCCUGACCCUUUACCUUAAUCUUCGAUCAGGCCUGCAUGAGCGAAAGGAGAUUGAUUUGUGCUGUCAGUGAAUCAAAAUUUAUGUGGGAACUGUUGGCCAGGUCAGAAUCAUUUCUUGGCUCUUUGCCAUUUUGACGCCGUAACAUCGUCGCCAAUAUCUACAGUCUAUAAUUUUAUGUCACACCGUCGUCGUACAUAAG